AAUGCAUUUUGGAAACUGAUAAGCCAUUCCUAUAAAACAUGAAAUCAUAAACUUCAACUCGCUAGCCAUUCCUCUAAGGACAUACAAACACAAUUCCAAAGUUAAUAUAACUCAAUCUCACAAUCAAACUAUUAGACAUUCAAAAAUAGCACCUAACAAUCACAAUCAACUAGCAUAUGUGUUUUUCUCUACACGCAUGGUCCAAACACGGCAAAGAAACAGAGCCAAAUCAACUGAUCACAUUAACAACAUGUAAAAUCUAUCUAUUUACAUGUCAAACUAAUUAGCCUUUUCAAGUCUAUUAGGAAUUGAGAACUAUAAACGUGAAUCGAAUCGAAUUGUGUUUUAAAACGUGAAUCGAACUCAACAACAAACUACAAUCAACUCAAACACAAACUAAAAAUCAAAACCGUAAAUGUGAAUCGAAUUGUGUUUUCAAUCAAAGCAAUCUCUAUCUACUACAUGCAAAACCAUAAAACGAACAAAAUAAAGAAAAAUAAUAAAGGGGAUUUCCAAACCCUAACCUUCAAUUUUUGGGAACCGAGAUGAAGCAAGAGCAAAAGAAGAACAAUGUGAAUCUAAUCGUGACGACGAUUUCAAAGGAAAGACGAAGAGAUGUGACGAGGAAGGAAGGACGAAGAGAUGUGACGACGGCGGAGAUAACAGAGGUUAGACGAAGAGAUGUGACGAUGAAAGAAGGAGGACGACGGAGAGAUGGGACGACGAUUUCAACCUCUCCGACAGACUUAGACGGCCAGCUCAAGACGGUGGCGACGGCGAACGAAAUCGCAUCUUCUUCAAUUGAGAAAGAGUCAGAGACGAGGAAGGAAGGACGAUACAAUUGUGUUUUCUUAUAAAACUUUUAUUCCUUUUAUAAAAUUAAUUUUUUUUAUGGUAACUACAUGUUAAAGAAAAUGACAAAAUAGGGUAUUCACUAUUGUUUAUUCUAUAGGGACAAAGAUUUAUGAUUUAAUACUAAAGGGACAAAUCUAUAGUUGUUUUGUUCUAUAUUGCCAAUUUUCCCUUUGUUUUUCGAACGUCAUAAAUUCACUUAUGAUGUUGGAUUUGGUACUUCGGUUAAUUUCUUUUUUUUUUUGACUUAUUGACCGUUUCUAAUUUUUGACUUCUCAUUUUAGCUUUUUUUUUUAGUUAGCAAACCAUUCCCUUAAUUUAAUUUGAAUAACAUAAUAAAUUAAUAACUAUUUCAAAUGGCGCGAACCAUUUGAAAUAAUACUAGACAUUUUUAAACAUCUAUAAUAAUAAUUUAGAGUUUUCUCUCACCUCCUUGCGCCACGUCACCAUAGAGGGAGGGGCAAAUUGCACCACGUGUCAGCUCAUCAUUCUUCAACUCUUUUUUCCAUUUUUAACAAAACCUAUAUGGGCCAGCAUAUAUUGUUCACGUUUAUAACCGAAAAAUGUCCUCUGUUUGGGCCGUCCUGCAGUCAUAUUAUUCAGGCCCAGUGUAGAGUUUCAUCAUCGCAGUAAUAGAACUCUGCCGCAGCUCUGGUUUUCAUUUAUGUACUCUUUAAAUAUGUGCAUUAACGUGAUUUGACCACUUGCCCACCAUCUAGCAUUGAAUCGACCUCUUCAUCUUUCACGGUAACGGGCGGAAGCUCUCCUAUAUAUUUGCAAGAUCCCCAGUGAAGUAUUUGCUACAUUGUUUUCUUUUUUUUUUGUUUCAUCUCUUCUUGAGAUUAUUAGGCAUUGGAUACGAUGAUUUAGUCGACAAUGAUAGGAAUUUAGUAAAGAUUGUGCUUGAUCAUCGGGCCGUCGACGCUGUGCUCUAUGAUUGAGAACGUCGCUUUGAUAAAGGCAAGCUUCCUCAUCUUCUUCACGAUAAAGUCCUUCGUCUAUGGCUUCAGUCGGUUGGUUUGGAACUGUAGACCUUAAAGAGGGCUAGGGCCGCUGUUCCAUCAAAUGGGUUUAUUACAGAAUCGCAUGUUGAAAUGGAGUUACAGUGACGAAUAUGCUUAUUACUUAUCGAUAUGUCAUAUGGACGGCGUAGCGUUGACAACCAAGAGAUGCAGGGAAAACAUUUUGUAGGAAGUUAAACAGAGAAAGUCAACAACAGGUCCGAGCUUGGCAGAUGAGUUGGUAGCUUGAAGAAGACUUUUCUCUUGGAAUAUUUGCAGUUUAGGAGUUGUUUAUCAUAAGUAAAGGAGUUGUUAUCAUAAGUAAGAGUGCUGAAGGGCUUUGGGAAUUCCGACUGAGGGUCGUAAUCAUAAACAAAGCAAAACGUAGGUCUUGAGGUGUUCUUAGAUCGCAAUUGAGAGUUCAACAGAUAUUCAAGUGAUAUUUGAUUUGUAGAUUUUUUUUUAUUCAGAUUCGGUUAUCCAGUGUACGCUGGUUCUAUUUUGCAAGUCGUCUUCUUACAUUGAAUAAGAAAUUACCGAGAUCUGAAGGUAGGAUUGAGAGUUGUUAUUGAAAGUUUGUAGCUUAUGUCUUAUCAAACGGUUCUGCUACUAAUUUAGCAGUUAAAUUUUGGAUAUCUCGAGGACUGUGCAGCUGAUUGUAAAGCUCGAUCAGUAUGAGUCUAUGAGACAAUGCUAUGAACACUUUUUAAGGUCAUCUAUCCACUAUUAGUAGAUAAAAUGUUAGUCUACCGGUUCGAGAAAUACACCAAAAAUUGCUCAUCUGAUGCUUGAUGUGGAACAAAAUUGUUGUUGCUUUCUUUUGUGAUGAGACAUGUGUUUCCAACUUAUAAACUAUUUGUAUGGAGCUCCGACUUAUUAGUUACAUAUGUUUUUCCUUUAAAAUUAUAUAUUCUAAUCACGAGACAUUAAACUAAUCUUUAGUUUUCCCUAUUAUAUGUCACAACGAUGGAAAAAUCAGAACGUUGAACACAAAUAUGUGGUGCAUUUUCUUAUAUGCUUGAGCAACAAAAGAAGUUAGUUUAAAAUGAUGUGCUGAUCUUUUAAUUAAAGCAUCACAGAUAUUGAGCGUAUAUUUUUCUGUUAAUGAUUAUACUAAUUAUGUCUUUUUCCUCCGGCAUUUUUUUGUUUGUUUUAGAUUAUGAAUCGGUUUCCUUUCUGUUAAACAUCUUCUCGCCAUUUGAAUUACCAAUAUUAGAACACUCCUGUUUUAUAAAAUAAGUUUUGGAAAAAAAAUAUACAAAAUUUUAAAGUGAAUUCUAACCAAAAACUCGGUAUUUUUUAUUAGGCUAACAAAUCUAAAAAAUAAAAUAUACAAACCCGGCGCGUAGCGCCGGAAUAACACUAGUAAUAUAAUAAACUUUGUGUAUCUGUUUUUUCCCGCAUAUUACAACACUCUGACAUUUGAGAUCCCCCGCCCCCAUAUUUUUUAAGAUUAGAGGAACAUUUGUUACACCCCUCAAAUAGUGAUAUAUGGAGGUGAGGAGGUGAUUGUGGUUUUGGAGAGAGGUUGCUUGAUAACGUGUUUACCAAGUUUGUCUUGAAAAAUAAGAUUACUCGAUAUAUAAACCCUUUUUGUUAUGAGACUCUUGCUUUCUGGAUACUCAUUAUUGCUCGCUACCUAGGCCUUUUAGUUCUCACUAUUGUGUCCAUUUCUCAUAUGGUCAAUUCUAUACAUAUAUAUAAAUUAGUUUCUCACAAACACACUUUCUUGCCUCGUGGUAUUUGGCUUUGCAGUCUAUUCUCACAAGACGUAUCCUACAUUUAAUACAUGAAACUCCUAAGCAUAUCUUUACAUCAACAGUCUUAUGAUGAGCCAGUAAAACAUGUAUGAACCCACAUAAUACUCACACACAUUGUAUUUGGAAUAACUCACAACUUAACUGUUAAUUAAGUCUGAUCUCUCAAAAAAUCCACUAAUAAAUCCGUAGAAAGUAAAUUGUCUAAGUGUUUUGUCGAUUUCGAAAAAUAGGGAUUUCAUAUUAAUGUUUUACUACUUUUUUUUUUCAUACCGGGUAUUAUUCAACGUUUUUAUCUAUUUAAAGAUGACAAAUCUUGUGAAGAUUUUCCUAUUGAAAAUAUUAUAUUCCUCGCCAAUGAGACUGCGCGUGAGCUUUCACGCUCGCAGAUAUUCUCCUUCGUAAUAAACGCCUACAAGUUACGAUUGCUUUGACUUUAACUGCCAUUAUACUCUCAAUGCCUCAUAGAUAUUUUUCUGUUUAUAUGACAACUCAUUUGAUAACACUAUGAUUCUCUAAUUUUCAUAUACAUCCAAGAAUUAAGAGUAAGAGAGCCUUGGUUUUUGACUAAUCUUAGCUUAAGGUUUAUUGUGUGAAGAGAUCUUCAGAUUUUAUUGAUACACAACCUCUGACACGUUUUGCUCAUAAUCUCAGUCUUUUAAAAACAAAAUGUAUCUCUUCUUCAGUUUCCACUCCCCAAGAAUUUAUAUAAGAACCCCCUUCACAACACCAAAGAUCACAACAACAAAACCUAGUAGAGCUCUUGAGGGAAAUGGAUAAGUUGAGUGUUAUCGUUAAGGGAGACCAUCAAGUGAAUGAAGAGAAGCCUCCACCACGACUGUGUCCAAGGUGUAGCUCAGACAACACCAAGUUCUGUUACUACAACAACUACAGUGUGUCUCAACCUCGCUACAACUGCAGGAACUGUCGCCGAUUCUGGACCCAUGGUGGAGCUUUAAGGGACAUACCAAUUGGUGGAAGGGCCCGUAAAAUCAAGCGUACAAGUAUAGAUCAGCCAUCUGUUUCUCAGGUACUUUCUGUUGUCCAACAGGUUAAUCAUCACCAACCUUUCUUACAUGCUCAAGAAACCAACGAGUUUCUUGGAACUUUUGGUGGUGCUGUUGGGAACCAUUUCAGUUCUUCGCCUGAAAUUCAUGGUGAAAUGGUGCUUCCAAUUCAAAGUAUUCCACCAAUGGAUCGCUUUGAUCUCUUUGAUGUUACGUUUAACCAAGGUUAUUACGGUGUUGGAUUCAAUGAUUUGGUUGGUAAUCCUUUGAUGAACCAAUCAAUCGGUGGACAUGUUGAUAACUAUAACAGUUAUCGCAUGAAUCAAGAGGAUCCAAACAAUCGAAACCAAAGCUUCAACAACAGCAUCAACAUGAAUCAUAAUACCAGCACUAGUGGAAGCAGAGGAUAUCCAGGCACUGAUCACAUGACCGACAACAACAAAGACAGGAACAAGUGUGUGUUUAGUUCCUCCUAUCACUUGGAGAAGUAUGGUCCUUGAUUCAUAACCGUUUUACCCGUUAUCUCUUUUUAUUAAGCUAAUAAUGGUUCAGUUUUUCUUUUAUGUUUUCUGUUGGGUCUUCUUGUUUUAUCAGUUCUGUUGGGUCUUUUAUUUCAAUCUUAUAUAGUCUAAAAGUUUGCAUC